CGGAACCAUCUCCUUUGCAGCCUUAUCCGCGCAAUGCGACGUCCCUGAAGCCGACGUCCGGCGCCUCCUCCGCCACGCGAUGACCAUCCGGGUCUUCGACGAGCCCGCCGAGAACGAAGUCGCCCACACGCGCGCCAGCAUGCUGCUGCGCCAGGAAGGGUUUCAUGGCUGGAUUGGCUCGACCUGCACGAAUAGCUGGCCCGGCGCGACCAGGACGAUCGAGGCGUUAAAGCGCUUUCCCGGCUCCGAGGAGCCCACUGAGUCGGGCUUCGCGCUGGCCAACAACGGGCAGGCGCUGUACGAGGCGCUGGCGCAGUCGCCGGCCCGCGCCGCCACCUUCGCCGCCAGCAAGCGCGGUUACGCGUCGGGGGCGGCCAUGGGCCCGGCGGCACUGGUCGCAUCCAUCCACCCGCUCCUGGCCGGCCUCCCGGCGGACAGCGUGGUCGUCGACGUGGGCGGCGCGCAGGGCGACAUCAGCUUCGCGCUGGCGGCCGCGUUCCCGCACCUGCGCUUCGUGGUGCAGGAUCUGCCGGGGGUGAUUGCUCGCGCGAGGGCGCAGCAGCAGCAGCAGCCGCCGCCAUCCGCAGCAACAGACCGAGUCUCCUUCCACGCGCACGACUUCUUCACCCCGCAACCGCCCACCACCCCAGCAGCGCGGGUCUUCUACCUGCGCCACAUCCUCCACAACUGGGGGGACGGCCACGCCAUCCGGAUUCUGCGGCAGCUGCGGCCGGCGCUGCGCGCGGGGGCGCGCGUGCUCAUCCACGACCACGUGCUGGAGCAAUACCCGGCGCAGGAGCCGAUGUGGAAGCGGCGGCUCGCCAGCGCGAUGGACCUGAAUAUGCUGCUGCUGCUGAACGCGCGCGAGCGGGACGAGGCGCAGUGGCGGGGGUUGCUGCGGGAGGCGGACGAGCGGUUUCGCUGGGUCGGGGUCCGGCGGGCGGAGGGGAGCGCGUUGGCGGUCGUGGAGGCUGUUUGGGAUGAUGGCCUUUGCCCUGGGACUUCCGGUACUGAUUCAGGCACUGCUAAGUGAAGGUGGAAGGUUUGGGUGGCAGUAUGGAAGAAGGGAGGGUGAUUUACGCAGUUGGGGUUGAUUUGCUGACGGGCAUCCGACGGGGGACCGGAAGGAUGUGCUACCCUGUAGUACUAGUCAGUGAAUAGGUAGUGUGCAUUCCACGCAGGAGCAAGCUAGGGCUAAGCUUCACGCGCUAAAGACUCUCCCGUCAGCACUAGCUGGCUAGUUCGAUGUUAC